GCGACGACGUGGAAGGCUGGGACCUGCUUACAACAACUUUUUCUCUGAAAUUUUUUUACAGGAUUGAGCUAGGAUUAUUUCAGUGCAUUACUUUAGCAAAUAUACACCAUGUGUUGCAGAGUACUACAUGUCUAGUGUGUUAAAGCCUGGUGAACCAUGUGGAGCCGUCUUUCUCAGGCUGUACAGGGGGCCUACCCCGAGGAACAGCCUCAGCCCCAGGGAGGUGAGGGACAGGAUACCUCAGUGGCAGCCUCAGAACUGCAGGACCAGCUGGACCAACAGAAUGGCCUGAUAAGCCAGCUGAAGGAAAUGAUCAGAGAGAGGGAUGCCUCCCUCAAGACCAAAGAGAAAGAAUUAGAGGAAACAAAUGCCAAGCUGUCUAAGCUGAAACUUCAAACCAAAGCCAAGGCCAAGGCAGCACAGAAAGAUGCUGAGGCAAAGAAAGGGAAUGAAAAGGCAGAUGAAGAAAGCAGCGGAGGAGAUCAAGCUGCCAGAGCCAAGGUUCUGGUGCUGAAGAAAAAACUUGACGCAAAAGACAAAACUAUCACAGAGAAGGAGGCACUGCUGGAGGAGAAGUUACGUGAGGUAGCCAACAUGGAAAAGAUGAUCGCUCAGAGAGAUGAGGUGGUGCAGACGCUGUCCUCUCAACUGGAGAGACUUCACGGUCUCGGAGCAGACGGGCAGGAACAGGACAGUGAGCUGAAGACUAUUAUUAUGUCAUCCCUGCUGGGCUCAGGAUCAGGAGAGGGUUCCAGACAGGACCAGGAGGCGGCCCAGAGUGCUCAGACAUCGGGGUGUUCUGAGAGAGAGCGCGAGGAGAUGGUGGCCCAGAUGGUGUACAAGGAUAGCAAGAUCCUCGAACUGAACCAGAAGAUUUUGGAACAGGAUCAGAUGGUUAUGGACGUCCAGGAGACAGUUCGAGAGAAAGACGAGGUCAUCCGGGGACGAGACAAGGCCAUCCAGCUUAUCCAAGAAAACGUUGCCAUAAAAGACAAAGACAUUCAAGAACUGAACAACUUGGUUUCCAAGCUGACCAGAAAAGUGGAGACCUAUGAAGAGCAGGUAGGCUUUCUCAAGGAACAGGUCCAGGGAACUGAUGUCGAAAGUUUUGAUGCCAAACUCAGAGAAACCCAGAAGUAUUUUGAGGACCACUUAGAGGAGAAAGACAAGGAAAUUGCUGCCUUAAAAGAAAAGUUUGAACUUCAACUCCGAGAAUCACAGAAGCAUUUCGAGGACACUUUGAAGGAGAGGGAGGAAGAAAUUUCUCAGCUCCGAGAGAGUGUUAAUGAAAAAGAGACGGAGGUUUCUGCUCGUGACGAAGACAUCAGAGCCUUGAUUUCUAGACAUGAGGAAGAAAUUAUAAAACUGACCACCAAGGGAGAGGUGGACGUUCAGGACCAGGUCCUUAAAAUGAUGGAGCAGCAGCUGCAUGACACUAAUGAAAUGUUAACAGCCAAGUCUAAAGCCUUAGAAGUUGCACAGAUGGAAAUGGCAGAAGUUGACAAAAAAGAGAAGGCUCACAACUCUAAAGUAAAGGCCCUCCAGGAGAAGCUGGACAUGACCACGGAGCAGAUGAGACUGAUGCAGGAAAAUUUUGUUGCCAUGGAAACAAAGUGGCAGUCUGAAAAAUCCAACAUGGAAGCAGAUCUGAGUGAAGUUAAAGAGAAACACGAGACAGAAUUAGCUGAGAAAGACAGUCAGUUAGAAAAGCUUCGGAGUGAGUUAGAAAGGACUAAAAAUGACGUCAGCUCAGGACAGACAGAGAAGGAGGAACUGGUGGAAACUUUGAAAAGUCAGUUGGCAGAGAAGGAAUCUGAGCUACAAGAACUGGGAAAUCAACUGGCAAUGGUUCAGGAAGAAGUGGAAGAACUGAAACAGCGUAACGACUUGGCGGAGGACCUGGAGAGGCUCCAGCAGCAGAUUGCUGAAGUAGAAGAGGAGAAAGGUAACCUACAGCUGCGGCUGGUUGACUACGAAGAAAGCAAAGCUAGUCAAGAAGAACUUCAGAAAAAGACUGCAGAGUUGGAACAAGAGCUGUCGUCUGCCACAGCUGGCAAGCAGGAAGUGGAGAAUCAGCUUAUCUUGGUGGAUGAGGAGAGAGCAAGCCUACAGCAGAUGGUAGCUGAUCUGACAGAGAAACUAGAGCAGGAUCAAAAGACCUUUGAUGAAGCUAGAGAAGAACUGGUGAAAAAGCUACAAACAGAACUGUCAGAUACCAAGGCAUCCCUGGUGCUGAUGGAGGAAGAGAGCACACAGGAUAAACAGAGGAUAUCCAGUCUGGAGACCAAGGUGGAUGAGUUUGAAGCCAUGAAGGAACAUACACAGGCUGAUAUGCUUGCCAUGACCGAGAAGCUGACUGAUUUGACACAAAGGUUGCAUGAUGCUGAACAGAUCCAGAAAACUUUACAAGAUGAGAAAGUGGCCUCUGAGUUAAAGAUGACAGAACUUGAAGAACAGAGAGAAAGUCUGGAGGUAGACAAGCAGAGUUUAGAGGCAGCCGUGGUUCAGCUUAAAGAACAGAUAGAGCUGGAGAAACAACCAGUGAUUGCUUACGAGAAAGAAAAUGAAGCCCUGCAGUCAAAGCUUGAAGACCUACAGUCUCAGUUUGAUAUGGAAGUCUCCAACAACAAGGAGCUAAAGGAUGAAAUCAACCGCAUUCUGCAGCAGCUUAAUGAGACCGAGAAUGCCAAGGCUCAGCUGGAGGCAGAAUAUGCCGGGAAAGAACGAGAACUUGAAAGUUUCAAGGAGAAGGCAUCAAGCUUGGAACAGGAAUUAGAAAAUGUUCAAACACAACUGAAGGCAGUUUCUGAAAAUAGUAAUAAACUUGAAAAGCAACUGGAAAUCUUAGAGCAGGAACUUGACAGUAAGAGUAAGGAUUCAGAAACUUUCAAGCAAAAAUUAGAGGAAAAGGAUUCAGAACUGCAAACUCUUUCUAGUAAGUUCUCUGAAAAGGAACUUGAAACAGACCAGACUUUACAAGAGAAAGAAACAGAACUGCAAUCUUUGUCCGCAAAGAUCAGUGAGAAGGAAAAAGAAAUAACUGACUUUUGUACUAGCAUAGCCGUCCAGGGCCCUAAUUUAUCAGCUGCUGAGCAGUAUUUCCAAAAACAACAGGAGCAGAUUUCUUUUUUGAAUGACCAGAUAAGAGACAUUUCUGUCAACAUCACAGACCUGACUGAUAAAAAUUUGGAUCUUGAAAAACAGUUAAGUAUUUUGUCAGAGGAAAAGUCAGCUAUUGAAACAGCAUCUAGAGCUGAACAGGGAAAUUCUGAAAAGCAGCUGCAAGAAUUAAACAAAUGUCUAAGUUCUACGACAUCUGAAUUGGAAAAAGUUCAGACAGAAUUAAAACAGUCAAAGCAAUUAUGUGAUAAAUUGAGUCAUGAACUUGAAGUGAAACAAGAGGAAUUGAAAACAAAUCAAGAUAAAUUGAAAGAAAUAACUGAAAAGCUUACAGCAUCUGAGAAAAAUGAAACUAAGUUACAAGAAGAAUUGAACAGAUUACAAGAGGAAGUACAGGAGAUUACAGAGAAAAUGUCUCAGUUAACAGAGGACAUCUCUGGUAAACAAGAGAUCAUUUCCUCUCUAGAGGCUAAGAAUUCAAAAGCUGAAGAGGAAAAUGCUUCAUUACAAAAGGCAGUAGAAGCUGCAAAUGCAGAAAAGGGUACUUUAAAUGAAAACAUUAAGGCUUUAUUGGACAAAUGUGAAACUUUAGAAACUGAAAUUAAAACCACAAGGGAUGAAUCCAAUGUAGCUGAGCAAGGACUUUCAAAGCGUGUCUCUGAGCUGGACUCCAGCCUACACAAUUCUACGGAAAAAGUAAACUCUCUUGAAAACCAAGUCCAGCAGCUUUCGCACUCAUUACAGGAAAGUGGAGAGAAGGUGAAGGUGCUAGAAAAUGAAAACUUGGACCUACUACAAAAGCUACAAUCUUCUCAAAAUGAUGCUCAAUCAAAGCAGUCUCAGUUUGAUGAGAAAGUACAGGAGUUAAACACAUAUGUUAGUGAACUUGAAUCUAAGGUGCUAGAAUUGAAUGAUGCCAAUGAAGCCCAUGAAACAAAGUUGGCUAGUUUAGGAAUUCAACUUCAUGACAAAGAUCAGCAAAUACAGCAACUCCAACAAGAUUUUGCUCAAAAGGAAACUGACCUUCAGAAAAGUUCUUCCGAAUAUGGAAAUAAGGUGCUCCAGUUGGAUGAGGAACUGAAGGCUUCCCAAGCAAAGAUGGUAGAGUUGGAUACACAGCUGCAACAGGCAACAGAGCAUUCCCAAAAGCUAACAAAUGAACUUGCUCAAAAAGAAAGUGACUAUGCAAAAGCUGUUGAAGAAUUUGAAAAUAAGGUACUCCAGAAGGAUGGUGCUAUUAAGACACAUUUAGAUGACUGUGCCAAACUUGAUAGUCAGCUAAAACAGGGAGAGGAAGAAAGGGCAAAACUUGAAGGUGGACUGUCAAAGCUACAGCAGCAAAAUGCUGCACUUCAAGAACAGAUUAACAAACAACAAGCUGCUUCAGAAGAACAGAAAUUAACCAUAAAGAACUUGGAAGAAAGGGUGGAAAAUCUACAAAGCUCAUUGAAACAAAUGACUGACAGUUCAGAGGGUAAACAAAAUGAACUGAAUAAGACUGUGAUAAGGCUACAAGAUGAACUAUCCACCUACAUCCAGCAGUUGUCUGAGGGUAAAGAACAUAUCAAAGACUUGGAGGGUGAAUUAGUUCAGAAGAUUGGAGAGGUUGACACACUUAACUCAGAAAUAGCUAAUAAAGCUGAUGAAUUAGAACGUUCCCAGUCACUUCUUCAGUCAAAAUCUCUUGAAGUUGACAGUUUGCAGGCUGCUUUGGUAGGCAAAAACAAGGAGCUUGAAGAGCACCAAAAAGAAUCUGCAAACACCAUUCAUGACAUGCAAGAGCUAGUCUUAGAGCUUGAAGAAAACCUUUCUUCUCAGCAAAAAAGCAAAUCGGACUUAGAAAGUGAAAUAACUAAGCUUAAGCAAGACCUUGAAAAUCUACAGAAUAGUCAUUCUAAGGAGCUUUCCCAAAUUCAUCAGAAAUUAAAACAGGAAAAAGAACAGUGUGAUGACCUGAGAGCUAGUAUUAAAGAUAAAGAAGAUGAUAUUAACAGUAUUACCCAAAAGUUGCAGGACGUUUCUGAUCAAUUAGAGACCGCUCUAAAUGAGAAAGAGCAAGCUGAUCAAGACUUCAGCCAAAGGAAAGAGGAACUCUUGGCACAUAUCUCAGCACUGAAUGAGAGUACUCAGGCCAAGGAGGUGGAGCUGGAGAAGAUGCAGAUGUCCAGCUCAGAGAAGGAACAGCAUUUGCAUGAAGAGGCUGCUUCUCUUGGAGAGAAAACUAAACAGCUGUCAGAAGUGGUUGAUCAACUACAACAGCAAGUCAAACUACAGGAUGAUCAGAAUAAGCAAAUGGCUGAAAAAGAAAAGCAGCUGCAGGAGUCUGUAGCAGAGUUGGACUUACAGUUAAAAGAGAAAACAGCAGCUCUUGGAGACUUAAAUGAGUCAAGUAAACAAAUACAGAGUGAACUUAACAAGCAGGUUGAACAACUCAGCAAUGAGCUCUUACAGGUUCAGAAUGAGAAGUCAGCCAUUGAGACCCAAUCUCAAAAUAUGGAGCAGGACUACCAAAAGGAGAUUGAAAAGUUGACUGCUGAGGUCAAAGUUCAAGAGUCAUUACUUGCAGACAAUACAGCACAAUCUGAAGAGCGAAUUGCCCAGUUAGAGCAGGAUAUUGAAAACCUGAGAGACAGGCAGCAACAACUAAUCGAUUCAUUAAAUGAAAAUCAAAAGGCAUUGAAGGAGAAAGAGGAGGAACUUUCACACUUGUCUGAGGAGCUGACCAGAAAAGACAUUGAGCUAAAUAGCUUGAAAGCCACCGCCUCUAAAAUGGAGGAAGAACUUUCAGCAAAGGUCAAUACUUUGUCUACUGAACUAGAAGAAUCUAAGACAAACCUAGCACUUGUCAGAGAAGAAGGUGAACAGAAUACAAAACAACAUAAAGAGGAACAGGCCAAGUUGCAAGACUUACUACAGCAGAAAGAUGAUGCUCUCGCUGAUAAUAAACAAAAACUGGAACUGCUUCAACAUUCCAAAGAUGAAGUGGAGAAGUUGGUGCAUGAACACUCAGAAACCAUCACGUCCUUAUCUGCUAAGCUGGAGGAGAGAAACAAGAGACUUGCUGAAAUGGAAGCCAGUCUGAAGGCAAUUGAAGAUUCCUAUGCUGAGAAAUUGAAAAAUGCUCAGGAUCAGUUGCAAGUUGAAAGUGAAAAAUAUAAAGAAAUUGAAGCUUCACUGAACCAGGAGCUCUCUGCCUUGAAAGUUGCUGUGAAAGAGAAAGAAAAGUCACUUGCUGAGCUACAGACUCUGAGUGAUAGAAGGGAAGCAGCUUUAAAUCAAAAGAUAAAAGACUUAAACAAAAAACUCAUAGAAACUGAGGAUGAUUUUUAUGACAAGGAGCAAGAUUACAACAGCAAGAUUAAAGAUUUGAAUGCCAAAAUCAAGAAAAAAGAGAAUAAUUAUGGAGAGCUUCAAGCAUUUUCAAAGGCAGUUGAGGAAGAUCUUUUCCAGCAAAUCAAAGAUCUGACAGACCAACUUAAACAGACGAGAGAAACACUGGAAUUACAGGCACAGGAGUAUGAAACCAAAGAAUCUUCAUAUAAGGAAGAGGUAGCCUUUCUCACGAAAGAAGUUAAACAAGCCAAACGGAAAGAAGACCAAAUGGCAACAGAUUUAGGCCUUCUUAAGCAGGAAGCACAAGAAAGAGAAACAUCCAUUGAAACUACACUGAAAAAUAAAAUUGAAAGUUUGACCAAAGAUCUUGAUCAGAGAGAAGUCCGUAUUGAGCAAAUCACCAACCAGCUCCUGGAGGCUAAGACAGAAGUGGAACAGUUCAGCAGUGCAGUGGAGGAGAAGGAACAGAAAAUAGAAAAGUUAUCAGAACAAAUCAAGAAUAACAAAGCCAAAUUGAAGACGAUGACUGAUGAAUUUCAGCAGAAGAGGAGUGAGGCUAAAGACUUGACUAAGCAACUGGAGGAAAAGGAAUCAGAUGUAGUGUUCCUGACUCAGGAGGUUCAGGACAGGCAAAAGCAGGUGGACGAAGUGACCACUCAGCGUGAUGAAGUGGCCAGUACAUUAAAUAAAACAGAAAACCAAUUACAGGACAGUAGAACCCAGGUAGCAGAAUUGUCAUCUCAGCUGACACAGAAAACUGCUGAGGUGGAAUUGCUUUCAGCACAAUGCCAGCAGAAGGAAAAGGAAAAUGGAGAGUUGACAGAGCAGAUACAGGGGUUACAGGCAGAGGUAGACCAGCUGAAGGAUAACUUGCAGAUGACUCAGUCAGAGUGCCAAAAUCUGACCAGUCAGUUAGGGGAACUAGAAAAGAUAAAGCAAAACCUCACUGAAAAGGAAUUAGAUUACAAAGAGCAGAUGGCAUUACUGGCACAAAAAUUGCAAGAAAAGGAAAAUGCUUUAGCACAACAACAGGAGUCAGCAAAAGAAGCCUCUGAACUUUGUCGACAGAAAUCUACAGAUUAUGAAAAUCAAAUAUCCAAGCUGACAAAGGACCGGGAGGAGUUGGAUGCUUCAAACAAGCAACUUAUGGAAUCAACUGAGAAAGAAAGAGAAGAACUUAUGCAGAAAAUUGCACUAUUGUCUAAUGAUCUGCUGACAACCAGUGAUACUCUACAGGAGAAAACAGAACAUUAUGAUUCAGAAAUAGCAAGCUACAAAGAGAAAACAUCUUCACUGGAACAGGAAAUUGUUAGUAAAGAAUCCCAGUUACAGCAGCAAAUGUCUUCAGCAUCAAAAGUUCAAGAGGGUUUGCAGCUUGAGAUAGAAGAACUUGGCUCUCACCUGAAAGCAUCCCAGCAAGAAAAACAAUUGAUUUUGGAUGAAAUGAAGGAAAAAGAAGAUUAUUCAAAUAGUCAGCUUUCAGAUUUAGCUGCCAAGUUCAACCUAGCAUCAGAAGAAUUAACUGCUGUAAAGAAGUCUUUCAGUGAAGAAAAAGACACAAUGUCAGGCAAAAUAUCACAGCUAACACAGGAAUUGAAAGAUAAAGCUGCUGAGUUUGAACAGUUGCAGGGAAGCUUCCAUAUGACACAAGAGGAACUAGGAAGCAAAAUGGUGGAUCUGACAGAAAAGUUACAUUCAUCAGAACGUGAACUAGAAUCUUUGAAAACCGCUACAGAAGAAGAAAAGACACAUCUCACUGGUCAAAAAGAUGACCUUGCUGAACAGCUGAAAGUGAAAUGUGCUGAACUGGUUGAGUUGAAGUCAGCUUCACAAACUGUUCAGGAGCAACUUGGCAACAGAGUGGGGAACCUAACACAACAGAUACAGGACCAGAGAGAAGAACUUGAGAAGUUGAUGCAAGACUUUGCCAUAGAAAGGGAACACUUACUUCACAAUCAACAGUCUCUUUCUGAAGAGAUUAGGCAGAAGGAUUCAAGAAUUCUUGAACUUGAGGGUGAAGUUGCUAAGCAGGUUCAAGAAGUGCAAAGAUUGUCUCAAGAAUCUUCUACAGAAAAAGAAUCUCUACAGAAAGAAAUUAAGGACUUAACCCAUGCUCUUACUGAAAAGAAGGAAGAAAUAACAGCACUUAAGGAUGCUUUUGGUGAAGACACAGAAAAGUUGCAUAAUCAAAUAACAGACUUACAGGGUCAAUUGCAGAGUAAAUCUUCCAAGGCAGAGGACUUGGGAGCACAACUUACCAACACCACAGCCGAGUACCAGAAAGAAAAAGAAAACUUAAGUGAAAUUAUCAGAAAUCUAAAUGAACAGAUGGAGAUGUUAGAAGAGGCAUUGAAGGAAAAAGAAAAAGAACUGAACAUUCAACAAGACCAGUUGAUGAAGGCUACAAGGACAAAUGAAGAAUUAACAGAAAAGGUCAAAAAUCUCGAAACUGCAGUUACAGACUUGAGUGAAAAACUUGGUACACAGAGAGAAAAUCUUACCACAACCAAGAAAGAAUCUGAAGAAAGGGUGACUGAAUUACAGUGUCAGAUUGAUAGUCUUCUGGAAGCAAAUACCAAGCUAGAAGGACAGAUUCAGGAACGUACAGAGACAAUAGCUGCAUUAGAACAGGACAUAGAAACAAGAGAACAGAAGCACUAUCAGCAAAUACAAGGCAAUUCUGAACACACUCAGCAGCUACAGGCCAACUUUGCAGAGCAGUUAGCAUCCAAAGACCAUGAGCUUGAAGUGUCCAGAGGAAAAUUUGCUGACUUACAGCAACAGCUACAGCAAGAUAUAGCUGACUUGACAGAAGCAUUGAAUAAUUCACAACAAAUGAUGAAAGAGUCUGAGAUAGAGCAUUUGUCAAAAAUAUCAGCUUUAAGUCAAGAAAUUCAAGAAAAGGACACUAUUGUUAGUGCUCUGAAGGAGAGCAUAAAGGACCUGACAGAUGUCAAUAGUGAAAAAGACAGCUUCAUAUCUGAGCUGCAAGGUCAGGUGACCAAGAUCCAUGAAGAAGUUUCCAACAAGCAAAUAGAGCUGCAGUCACUGUCUACAUCUGUGGAUGAGCAGAAGAGUCAGUCCGUAGCUGAUAAAGAAGAAAGUGAGCAGAAAAUGUUGACCUUAGAAAAUGUGAUAAGUGAGCUCAAAUCUCAGGUGACCAUAUUUGAUUCUCUUGUCUCUAGUCAGCAGUCUGGUUUGGAAUUAGCAGUUCAGGAGAAUGAGGAACUCUCCAAUAAACUGAGGAAACAAAAUGAGCAGAUUGGUGAAAACAGCACCUGUUUGGUAUCUUUGGAAGCUAGUCUCAAAAACCUGACUGAAACCAAUGAAGGGCUUCUUGGGGAAGUUAGUAGUUUAGAAUCUGAACUUUCAAAAAGUCAAGAAAAUGCCAAGACUUUGGAAGAUAUACUUGCAAAACAACGGAAAUCUGGUGACGAAAAAGAUCAGACAAUAACAGCACUGACUGCAGAACUUGCACAGCUGAAGGACAAGCUUCAAGAAUUAGAUAGCAAUCUAACAGAGAAAGACCAACUUCUAAAGGAAGUACAAGCACAACUGCAGAUGUUUUCAGAGAAGUGCAGUGAACUGGAGUCUAACAUUGAAGGCAAGAAAGAUGAGUUGUCAAAACAAACCAUACAUUUGGAAGAGCUGCAGAGUGCUUUGAAACAGAAGGAAGCUGACAUGAAUAAAUCACUGCAGCAACUUGGAGAAAAAACAGAGUUGUGCGCCAGCCUGCAGCAUGAUGUGACUGGACUCCAGGGAAGAUUUAAUGACAUGCAGGGUCAGUUGCAGCAAGAUAUUUCAGAUCUGAGGGAAGCUGUCCAGCAAAAAGAAGCAGAAAUCAAUCAACAGAAACAUCUUGUUGAGGAAAAGGAAAAUGACUUCAGAGAGCAGAGUAAAGUAGUCUCUGAGCUUCAAGCAGAUGUGAGUGACAGAAAUACCGCUGUUGAAAAGAUGAAGCAGGACUUGGAAGAGGUACAGCAAGUCAGCCGUAGAUCUGCAGAGGAAAAAGACCAACUAAUUAACUCUCUGAGGGAGACCUUGCAGGGUCUUCAGUUGCAUGUUACAGAAAUGGAUAACAAACAUCAGGACAGUGAGAAAAAUUGGAAAGAAAAGCAUGCUGCCUUGUGUACACAGUUAGAAGUUGACACUGCCUCUUAUAAACAGCAGUUAAGUGAAAGGGAUGGUGUAAUAGGGUCUUUGAGAGAAAACCUUCAAGAUUUGCAGAGUGUCAACCUGGAGAAAGAUACAUUGCUGGACACCAUGCAGAAACAUAUAUCAGAUGUACAAGCUGAUGUUGCUGAAAAGCAAGCACUUUCCAACCAACUGACUGCAGAAGUUAGGAAACAACGAGAACUUUACACCACAGAGCAUGCAUCUAAUCAACAGACGAUGGAGACCCUAGAAAAAACUGUUCAAGACUUGCAGUCACAGUUGAUGUCUUCUGAUACGAUGAUUUCUCAGUUGCACAGUGAGCUAGAUAAAGCAGUAAAAACCCACGAACAAUUGACAAAUAAACUUCAGAAGCAGCAUUUGAAGAUUGAAGAAAAUAAUAAAACCUUGGCUAAUCUGGAAACCAGCCUACAAGAAGUGACAGAGGCCAAUGCUUCAUUAAGUCAGGCACUUGUAGAGGUGGAAGAUGAGUUAAGUAAGAGCAAGGGUGUUUGCAAGACCUUGGAAGACCAGCUGGCUGAAUUGAGGCAAUCUGGAGAUGAAAAGGGUCAAACAAUUUCAGAUCUGCACACUGAUCUCCAGCAAGCAAGAGACAAAGUUGCUGAACUGGAAGGCAAUUUAUCAGAGAAAGAUGGAUUGAUUGAUACUGUGAGUCAACAACUGGAAGCUUCUAGGACUCAGUUGAGUGAGAUAACAAGCCAAUUUGAAACAGAAAAAGGAAGCCUAGAACAUGAGAUUGCUAACAAAACAGCUGCCGUAGGUGUUAUGAAUCAAACACAUACUGAUCUUUCUGAAGUUUUGAAAGAAAAAGAUGAAAUGCUAGAUGAAUUGCAGAGACAGUUUGCUGAAAUACAAGCAGAUUUAGAACAGAAAGAGGUGACUAUUACAGACCUCUCAAGUUGUGUACAAACUUUACAGCAGGCAUACAAGCAUUUUAGUGAGGAGAGCAAACAGAAAGAGACACUUUUAAGCCAGACUGUGAGUAACAUGAAAGAUCAAUUAGAAGAAUAUGAAAAGACAGUGCAAGAUAUGACCAGCAAAUUGGAAAAAUCAGAGGAGGCUUAUGCUAGUGUUUUGGACACUGUAUCACAACAGCAGAAUAAUAUUGACACAAACUGCAUAACACUGAAUACUUUAGUGGAUCAGUUGAAGUCAGCUGACAAAUUGAAUGAGGAACUCCAGAAACAAAUGCAGGUCUUAGAAGAACAAUGUGCAGAACUUGCCAGGCAGCUAAGCACAGCCAAAGAAGAAAAUGUUCAACUUCAUGAGACUGUUGAUUCUCUUACAUCCCAACUGCAGUCCUCAGGUGAAGAGGUAAAAGUGCUUAAGGAGAAAGUAGAGACCCAGAAUGCAGAGCUGGAAUCCAGGGCACAGACCAAUGCUAAUCUGCAGGGUGUGUUGGCAGAAUGGCAGAAAACUGGAGGUGACAAGGACAAAAGAAUUGAAGAGCUGUUGCAGCAGAAACAGGAGCUUCAGCAGAAGAACGAUAAUUUGGCAGACCAGCUGGAAAGUCUAGACAAGUCUAGGGCCGAGUUGACAGAGCAGAUUCAGCAGAAAGAAACAGAUAUAGCGCUGCUAUCAGAGACAGUUGACAGGUUGACAGAAGAGGCAGAGGUUUACAAACAGCAGCUUUCAGAUUUAAGCACAGAAUGCAUCAGUCUUACCUCAAAUCUUAAAGAAAUGACAGAGGAUAUUGAGGAUAAGGAGGAACUAAUAAAGGCUCUGGAAGAUAGCAUCGAAGAAUCCAAUCAGCAGACAGCAAACUAUGCUGAAGAAGUCCAAAAACUUAAAGCACAUCUGGGCGACACCAUUGGAGAAGUCCAAGACUUGCAAAGCGUUCUUAAAGACAGAGAUGACCAGUUUGUAACUUUCAGUCAAAAUCUGCAAGAGACAAAUGAACAGAUGAAAAAGUAUGUUGAAUCAUGUGAUCAUUUACAGGCAGAGUACAACAGAGCUGAGAAAGAAAAGAAUGAGCUGUUGACUAUUUUGACAGACUUACAAGCAGACUAUGAUAAUCUAACACAGAAGACAACUCAGUUGAAGGAAAGUUUAACUCUUGCUGAGGAACAGUGUAAAGAACUUACUGAACAAAGAGAUAAGCAAGAGGAUACCAUGAAGGAAAUGACAGAAUCAAUUCAUUCUUUGACAAAUGACAAGGAGCAAUUGACUGUGAACCAGAACCAAAAUCUAGAAAUAAUAAGUGAACUAAGUACACAAUUGGAUGGCUUGCGUGAACAGUGUGAGGAGGCUCGCUCAGCUUUGACUGAGAAAGAUAAAACUCUCUGUGAAAAAGAUACAACUAUUUCAGAUCUCGAUGAGAAACUUGACACAAUUUCAACUCAAUUCCAGAACACUAAUGAGGAAAAUGCCAUUUUGAAACAACAGUUAGAAGAUGCCAACAUGAAGCUGGUGUCUUUAACUGAGAACGCUGCAGGAAAGGAGGAGGAGAUUGUCAAACUUGGAGAGCAGGUGGCCCAGAAGGACAGGCAACUUUUGGCUUUGACAGAGAAUAUAGGUGAGAUGAACUCCCAGCUAGAAACAAAUAGUGAACAGAUAGAGAAAUUACAAGGUGAUCUCAAUCAGUCUGUCUCAGAACAUGAUCAGAAACAAGCAAGGUGUUCAGAGUUGGAACAGGAGGUUUCUGUGUUGAAAGGCACCCUAGAAGAAACCAACCUGAAACUCCAGACUCAGGAACAGGAACUAGAUUCCUUGCAGGGCCAGUUUGAGCAGACAGUAGAGCAACUGGAGCUUGCUCGUACAGGGUUGAAGGAAAAGAAUACCCAGAUAUCCACCAUAAGUCAGGAAAUGAAUGCACAGAUUGAGAAGGCACAGGAAGAGAAUGCUGCUCUACAAGACCAGUGCAAGGGGCUCCAGGACCAAUGUGAACAACUGGUCUCAGAGCUGAGAGUGCAGACACAGGCUGCAGAAGAGGGUGCUCUGCUGAAACAACAGCUGGAAGAGAACAGUAUGAGGAUGGUAGCUCUCAGCGAGGAGAUGGCACAGAAAGAACAGCAGCUCAUUGCUCUGACAGAAAACCUGGGAGAUGUGAACUCACAGCUGCAGAGUUAUACUGAACAAGUUGAAGAGCUACAGAAAAAAUUAGAACAAGCUGAGUUCAACUACCAAACAACACAGUCCACCUUGUCCGCUAGAGAAGAGCAGAUUUCAGAAUUGAAAACCUUUUUACAAGAAAGUAAUGAAAAGUGUGACUCUUAUUGUAAUGAACUAGAAUCUUUUCAGUCACAGCUGGACCAAACUGUAGAAGAGCUAGAACAUACCAGGGGUAUAGUGAGGGAGAAGAAUGCUCAGAUUGAAACCAUAAGUGAGGAUUUAAGCAGCCAGACUCAGAAAAAUCAGGAAGAAGCUACUUCAUUACAGAAUGAGAUAAGUGAAUUAAAGCUACAGUUAGAGUCUCUAGGGUAUUCUGCUGAUGAGAAAGAUCAGAAAUACAAAGAAGAGAAGGACUUGCUUAUUGGGGAACUUGGUGAGCUUCAGCAACAGUACUCAACACUUCAGAAACUGACUGAGGAGAAAGAGAAGACACAUGAAGAGGAAAGAGAAAGUCUUCAGACACAAAUAAGUGACUUGGAGUCACAAUUGCUUGCUAAAGAUCACAAACACAAAGAGGAAAAAGAGAUGUUAAUUGCCCAGCUCACCGAAUUACAACAACAAUUAGAGAAUGGUAUUAAGUCCAGUGAGGAGAAGACUGAAAUGUAUGAAAGCGAGAAAAAGAAUUUAGAUGCAAUGAUUUCAAGACUUGAAACUGAGUUGGAACAAACUACUCAGAAAAACAAAGAAGAAAAAGAUCUUUUAAUUGGACAGCUGACCGACUUACAAGAGCAAGUUGAAAGUCUUACUUGUGCUUCUAAUGAAAGAGAUGAUCAAAUGAAACAGGAAAAACAAGCUCAUGAGGAGAGGCUUUCCGAAUUCCAGGACCUUUUGGAUACCAAGAGUAAAAAAUAUAAAGAAGAAAAGGACACACUUAUUGCUCAAAUGUCGGAGUUACAACAACAGAUAGAGGACAUUGGGAAAUCUUCUGAUGAAGCCAACAAAUAUUUUAUUGCAGAGAAAGAGGAAUUAGAGACACAACUGGCUGGUCUGCAGGAACAGUUGCAAAGGAGUGAGGAAACUAGCAAAGAAGAAAAGAAUAUGUUGAUAAAUCAGCUAACAGAGACUCAACAGCAUAUGGAAGAUGCAAGAUUGACCCUUAACAAAAAGCUUGAAGAAGUUGAAAGGGAAAGGGAAGAUUUGAAGACAACUAUUGCAGAUCUUACAGCCCGUAUGGAUGAAACUGAAAGGAGUAGGGAAGAGGAGAAAGUGGCUUUGAUUGCACAACUUACAGAUGCACAAGAACAACUAGCACAGGCUAUCAAAGCUAGCGAGGAGAAAGAUGACCAGUUGAAGCUAAAGGCACAGGAUCAUGAAGAACAGCUUGCACAAUUCCAAGAGCUGUUAGAUCAGAAAAGUCAGAAGUAUAAGGAAGAAAAAGACACACUGAUUGCUCAGCUAACUGAAUUACAGCAACAGAUUGAAGAUAUGGGGAAAUCUUCUGAAGAAAUCAGGCAGAGUUUUAUUGAAGAAAAACAGGGGUUGGAGACCAAAGUUGGUGAAUUACAGGAACAAAUAGAGAGCAACAACCAGAAAAACAAAGAAGAAAAGGACUUGUUGAUACAGCAACUAACUGAUCUUCAGCAGCAAAUGGAAGUUGCAAGAGUGACUUCUGAAGAGAAGACUGAAAGACUUGAAAAUGAAAGGAAUGAUCUGGAAACAAAAGUCGCAGAAUUACAAGAGCAAUUGGAGAUAAAUAAUCAAAAACACAAAGAAGAAAAGGAGAUGUUAAUAAACCAGCUAUCAGAAGUCCAGCAGAGACUUGAAGAGACUGGUAUGUCUUCUGAAGAGAAAGCUGAAAGAUAUGAAAAAGAAAAACAAGAAUUGAAUGCAGCAAUUACAGAUCUUACCUCCCAGCUAGAACAAAAUGCUAAAAACCAUGGUGAAGAAAAAGGUUUGUUGAUAUCACAGCUUACAGAUCUGCAAGAACAAGUAGAUUCUCUAACCAAAACUUCUGAAGAAAAUGAAAAACAGUUCAAAGAAGAGAAACAAGCACUUGAAGACAGACUUACAGAGUUUCAAGAUUUGUUAGACCAGAAAAGUCAAAAAUAUAAGGAAGAAAAAGAUACUUUGAUUGCUCAGCUUACUGAAUUACAGCAACAGUUUGAAGAUGUGGAGAAGUCUUCUGAAGAAGCCAAAGAGAGUUUUAUUGAAGAAAGGAAAGAGUAUGAGGCCAAGGUAGGAGAAUUACAGGAACUAAUAGAAAACAAUAACCAGAAAUACAAAGAAGAGAAGGACUUGUUGAUACAGCAACUAACAGAUCUUCAGCAGCAAAUGGAAGAUGCAAGAGUGACUUCUGAAGAAAGGACUGAAAGACUUGAAAAUGAAAAGAAUGAUUUGGAAACAAAAGUUGCAGAAAUACAAGAGCAAUUGGAGACUAAUACCCAAACACACAAAGAGGAAAAAGAGAUGUUGAUAAACCAGCUAUCAGAAGUGCAACAGAAACUGGAAGAGACUGGCAUGUCUUCUGAAGAGAAAGCUGAAAGAUAUGAAAAAGAAAAACAAGAAUUAAACACAGCAUUAAGGGAUCUUACAACCCAGCUAGAACAAAAUACUAAAAACCUUGGUGAAGAAAAAGGUCUGUUGAUAGCUCAACUAACAGAGCUGCAAGAACAAGUAGAAUCUCUAAUGAAGACUUCUGAGGAAAAAGAUGAACAGUUCAAGCAAGAGAAACAAGCACUUGAAGACGGACUUACAGAGUUCCAAGAUUUGUUAGAUCAGAAAAUUCAGAAAUAUAAGGAAGAAAAAAACACUCUUAUUGCUCAACUUACUGAAUUACAGCAACAGUUUGAAGAUAUGGGAAAAUCUUCUGAAGAAGCCAAGCAGAGUUUUAUUGAAGAAAAACAGGGGUUGGAGACCAAAGUUGGUGAAUUACAGGAACAAAUAGAGAGCAACAACCAGAAAAACAAAGAAGAUAAGGACUUGUUGAUACAGCAACUAACUGAUCUUCAGCAGCAAAUGGAAAAUGCAAGAGUGACUUCUGAAGAGAAGACUGAAGGACUUGAAAAUGAAAAGAAUGAUUUGGAAACAAAAGUUGCAGAAAUACAAGAGCAAUUGGAGACUAAUACCCAAACACACAAAGAGGAAAAAGAGAUGUUGAUAAAUCAGCUAUCAGAAGUGCAACAGAAACUUGAAGAGACUGGCAUGUCUUCUGAAGAGAAAGCUGAAAGAUAUGAAAAAGAAAAACAAGAACUGAAUGCAGCAAUUACAGAUCUUACCUCCCAGCUAGAACAAAAUACUAAAAACCAUGGUGAAGAAAAAGGUGUGUUGAUAGCUCAGCUAACAGAGUUGCAGGAACAAGUAGAAUCUUUAAUGAAGACUUCAGAGGAAAAGGAUGAACAGUUCAAGCAAGAGAAACAAGCACUUGAAGACGGACUUACAGAGUUCCAAGAUUUGUUAGAUCAGAAAAGUCAAAAUCAUAAGGAAGAAAAAGAUACUUUGAUUGCCCAGCUUACUGAGUUGCAACAACAGAUUGAAGAAGUGGGGAAAUCUUCUGAAGAAGCCAGUGAAAAUUAUUUGUCAGAAAAAGAAGGCUUUGAGUCACAGUUAGCUGAACUGCAACAACAGCUAGAUAAGAAUGAACAAAGACACAAAGAAGAAAAGGACAUGUUGAUAAACCAACUCACAGAGGUGCAGCAACAGCUGGAAGAGACUGGGAUGUCUUCUGAAGAGAAAUUUGAGAAGUUAGAAAAAGAGAAACAGGAAUACAAGGCCAUGCUUGCCCAGAUUCAGGUGGCAUCAGAAGAGAACCAGGCUGUGAUGAUGGAGAAAGACCAGUGCAUAUCCCAGCUUAGUCAACAAGUUGAGGCCACGUCAUCUCAACUGCAGUUCUCUGCUCAGCAGACGGAGCACCUGCAGCAGGAAUGUGAGAGACAGCAGGCCGCAGUUGUUGACAGAGAUGAAAGAAUCACUGCUCUGAAUCAGAUCUGCGAUGAACUGAAACAGAAUAUGACUGAAAUGGCAGAGCAGCAGGAGGUUUGGCAGCAGGAAUUUAAAAAGGUCUCUGCUGAGCUAGAGGAAAAAUCUACUCUUUUGCUGGAAAAAGAAAAUGUUAUGGCUACACUUUCUGAGAAUCUUGUGGAGAAAGACUCUGAGAUGUCCCAUAUAAUGGAGAACUUGCAACAAGCCAAUACAAAGCAGCAGAGUAUUAGUGAAGAACUAGAACAGUUUAAAGUACAAUAUCAAGAACUCAUUAGUCAGGUACAGUCACUUCAGGAAGAGAAAGAGGAAAGAAAUAAAACUCUGGCUGAAAGGGAAUCACACUUAACAGAGUCGGCAGAUAAAUUGGACGAGAUGAGAACACAACUGGAUGAUAGCACAAAUAGGAACAAGCAGCUUGUAGAAGAAAACCAGCAGUUUAAAUUAGACCUUGAAGCUAAUUUUGAAGAAAUAGCAAAGUUUACUGAAAAUGUGAACAAUUUGUCCACCAUAUUGGAGCAAACUAGUGCAGACUUGGACUGGCAUAAGGCAAAACUUGAGGACUCUGCAAACCAGCUGCAGGUGUACGCAGAUGACAUUCAGAGCCUGAAGUCACAGCUACAGGAUACUCAGAUGGAGCUCGAUCUUUCCAAACAAGAGAGGGAGAAACUUAAUACUCAAGUUGCAGUCCUCUCUCAGGGAACAGAAGAAGUACGGCAUUCUCUUUCUGGCAAAGACCAGAUGAUUUUAGAAUUGAGUGAGCAGGUCUCACAGCUCCAAGGCCAGGGAACCUUGCAACAAAAUGAAUAUGAAAAGUUGCAGGAAGAGCUUCAGAAAACAAAAUCUAAACUUGAAGAUAUCCAGCAGAUGGCAGCUGAAAAAGAAGGGCACAUGGCCUCUCUGAUUGAAAGUGUAGAAUCCAAAAAUGAUGAGGUGAAAGCAUUGAGAGAAAAGUUGGAAGAUCUUAGGAAGAAUGCUGCAGCCGAUGUAGAACAGAGAGACAUGCAACUUGAAGAGGCUUCCAGCGAGAUAGCAGCUGUUAAAGAGCAGCUUAAACAAGCACUGUCAGACUGUGACACUCUGAAAUAUUCUGAAGAGGAUAAGAACAAAGAGAUAGCAACAUUACAUGAAACCCUCCAAGAGAUCAGUGCCAAGUUACAGGAGAGUGUUGCUGAGGUUCACAGUUUGAGAGCAUCACAAGAGGCUCAGGCUGGUGACCUGGAUGAGAGACUUAGAGAAAAAGAUGACAUCUUACACAAAAAGGACAGCGAUAUUGAGCAAAUUACUAAACAGCUGGAAUUGGAGACAAGACAGUUAAAGGAAUCACAGGAAUUAAUAUCUGUAAAAGAGGAAGAACUUGAUGCUGUUAAAGCCAAGCUGAAAACUGUUGCGGAAGAAAAGCAGUCUCUUCAAACAACAUUGGCUGAAAAAGAGGAGAGAAUAAUGACAUUGAAUUCCUCUUUGUCAGAACUUGCAGAACAACUUCAAACUGUGGAUGUUGAAAAGGAAAGGCUGAGAUGUCAGGUGGACCAUACAGCACAACAGAGUGAACAGGCUCAGGUGUCUGCUGAAGAAAAGGACCAGCAGCUGAUUGUCAUGUCUCAGUCCAUUCAACAACUUAAUGAGCAGAUACAAGAGUAUGCUACCCAGAUAGUCAACCUCAAGACAAGUCUAGAAACAACUGAGGGAGCUCUUCAGGGGAAGGACACAGAAAUUGCCUCUUUACAGGAGCAGUUGACUAAAGUCACGAGCCAGGAUGAAAACCUUCAGGAGGAACUCAAAAAUGCUGUUGAUCAUGCCAAGAAACUGCACGAUAUUGUGUCUGAAAAAGAUCUGCAGAUAUAUAACUUAACAGCCGAGUUGUCAACCACGUCUGAUCACGCUGAAGAGUUGAGUGCCUCAAUCACGGAAAAAGAUGGACAAAUAGUUGCCAUGACAACUGAGCAGCAGGAAUUGGAAGGAGAGCUGGAACGUUACAUCAAUGAAAUACAGGUACUUCAGACUAGACUGGAACAUUCCAAUAAACAUUUACAGAAAAUCAAGAAUGCUUUCUCAAACAAGGAGAAAAGCAUGUCCUCUUUCAUGGAAGAGAUUCAGGAAAUGAAUUCAAAAGUGGAAGAAUAUGCUGAGGAGACGCACACCUUGAGAGUGCAAGUCCAGGAGGCAGCAGAGGUCAUACAGCACCUCAAUGAAACAGUUGCAGAGAAAGAACAGAAGAUUCAGUCACUGCUUUCUGAGAAGGAAUCUCGGGUUAUUCUUCCUGGAACAGACCAAGAUAAGGAGAAAGCAGAUCUAAUUGACCAGCAGGCAGUAGAGAAAGAUCAACUCGCAGAAAAGGAUGAAAAAGAUGAAGCUUUAAAGACAGUGAGAAAAACACUUAAGGAUAAAGAAACUCAAAUGAAAAAGUAUUUGAUGCUGAUAAAGAAACUGAAAAUGGAAAACAAGCAUUUGAAGGAGAAGGGAAAGGAAAGACAGUCCCAUGAAGGAGAGGAGAUGCAGCAGAUGACACAAGGAGGAGACUCCAUGGAGGUUGUGGAGGAGAUGGUGCGGCCCCAACAUGCUGCACUGCAAGGUACCAGCCAGGCCACAUCACAGCAGAAUGAAGAAAAGGUCGAACAGCUCACCCAGCAGCUUCAGGAGUCAGCCAGCCAGGUAGAGGGUCUCCAAGCCAGACUAGCUCAGUAUGAGGGCCAGCUCCAGGAGUCAGCCAGCCAAGUAGAGAACCUUCAAGGGAGGCUAGCACAGUAUGAGGGCCAGCUACAGGAGUCAGCUAGCCAGGUAGAGAACCUUCAAGGCACAGUUACUCAGUACGAGCACCAGCUCCAGGCCUCUACUGGCCAGAUCCAGACCCUGCAGAACACUGCUGCACAGUAUGAGAGACAACUGGCCGAGCUGCAGAAUGCACAAAUGGCUGCUGCCAGAUCCCCACCCCCAGGGAGAACCCCCAGCCCCCGCACCCCACCCCUGGCCCAGUCCCCACCCCCCUCAGAAGACAGCGAGGUGUACCGUGAUCGUGUGAUAGCACUGGAGGUGAUGAUACAGCAGCGGGAGUACUACCUCCACCAGAUGGGGCUGCAGUUUCAGAAUUUUGCUGAACACAUACAGGAGCUCCAGAUGCAGGUCCAUCAAGCAAAUGAGAAGACACAGAUCCUGCAGAAGACCCUCCAGGACAAGGAGAAGGUCCUGAAGGGGAUGUCCCUGAAGAGUAAACAAAUCCAGAAGCAGAGAGAUGAACUGAAACAGAAACUGAAACAGUUAACACAGCCAGAAGAGCAGCUGACUAAUAUAAUCAAUAAGGCUGGUGAACUAGAGGAACUACAAAAAGAAAGAGAAAUCCUGCUCCAGAAGGUUGAGGAAUUAAGCCGUGAAAGCACCCCAGUCCACGAUGAGGAACUGGAGCUUCUCAAAUCCAGCCUCCGAGAAAAGGAGAACAUCAUUGCCAAGAUAAGCCAACAGAGAGAUGCCCUGCAGCAGCAACUGGAGCAGUUAAUGUCCCAGGGUUCUGCUGCCCCUCUCCCAGAAUUGGAGUCCCUACAGGCUCAGCUCACUGAUAAACAGGGGGUCAUAGAACAUCUCACUCAGCAAGUGGCGCGACUUCAGGAGUUCAUCACAGAAAAAGAGUUAGAAGUGAACAGGCAUGUUGGAGAGGUGGAACAGCUGCAAAUAAAGUUGCAGGAAAAAGACACUUUGAUUGAGAAACUCCAAACUGAGUUACAGGCAGCUAUAGCAGAAAAGGAAAGUCUGGCACAGACGUGUGAACACCUCCAGUCAGAGCUGGAUACAGUGAAUACCAUGCUGGUGCCAGAGUUGGAGAGGCUGAGGUCUGAGAACUCUCAGUUGAUGUCGGAUCUGGAGAAGAUCCAAUUAGAACUGACUGGGACGAGGUCCAGUCUCACUGUAGAGUUGGAGGCAUUCAAAUCUCAGAAUGCUCAACUGGAGUCUGAACUGGCUAGUUUAAGGGACCAGCAUGCUGCUUUGGCAGAGGAACAUGGGAAGAUGUUGGAGACCAAGAGUCUGAGUGAAGAACUUCAGGGGCAGUUGGAUAGCCUGAAAGAUAUGCUGAGAGACACAGAGACUGAAAAACAGCAUUCUCUCUCAGAAUUGGAAAGUCUACGCUCUCAGCAUGCAGCAUUAGUUGAGGAGCAUGGAAGAACGUUACAGAGUGCUUCUGUUGGAGAUGAGCUUCAGCUGCAGUUACAAUCUCUUAGAGAACAGUUGGAGGAAAUGAAAAAUCAAAAUAUGUCAUUGACUUCUAGCUCUGAAACUGCUCAGGCAGAUGCCGAAUCAAUGAAACUGCAGCUUGAAGCACUGCAGACAGAAAAAGACCAGUUGUCUUCGGAGAAUUCUAAAGUGAUGGAGCAGGUUGAAAGAAUCGCUAUGGAGAAGCAUGAUCUUCUGUCACAGUUGACUGACCUUGAAGGUCAGGUGAAAGAGCUGCAGGAGGAGAAGGAACAGCUUGGUGCCGAGAAUGAAAAACUUAUGGAGCAGACGGAACUUUUGGCCACUGAGAAACACGACCAGCUUGCAAACAUUAAGAAAUACAAAGAUGAAGUGGACUCCAGUUUUCAUGAAAAAGAAACGGCUGAGGCUGAGAAGCAGCAGCUGGCAGCAGAACUGGAAGCCAUGAGGCAGAACCUUGAGACUGCCAUCUCUGAGAAGCGACAGCUUCAGCAGCAGAUUUCAGAGAGUGGACUGUCUGAUGCAGAGAAGGAAUCUCAGCUACAGAGGGCACUUUCAGAGAACAAUCAGUUGAUCUCACAAAUGGAAAGAGUAGCCCUUGAGAAACAGGAGCUGAAUUCUCAGCUAGAUGAACUAGAAACAAAAUUAAAAGCAGUUGACAUGGAAGAAAAGCAAGUAGUGGCAGAGAUGCAACAACUACAAGAGCAGUUAGGAAGUGCAUACGAACAGAUUAACCACUUGAAAUCACAGCUUGCUGAAGCAGAAGAAAUGAAGGAAAGAUCCUCUCAGUUAGAACAGCAGUUAGAAACUUAUAAAUCUGAACUAAUGGAUACUUCCAGGGGAAGAGAGGAGCAAAUUGCCAGUGCCAUUUCUGAGAAAGAAAAACUUCAGGAGAAACUUUCAGAGUCAAGGAAAGAACUUGAAGCUGCUGAACAGCAGCUACAGACUGUAACAGCAGCAAGAGAUCAGUUAUUGGAAGAUCUGAAAUCCAUGAACUCACAACUUGUACAAGAAGUUGAGAAAUCUUCAUCUUUGCUGACUCAGUGCAAUGACUAUGCUGCACAGCUUGAAAAGUUAAAUCAAGACAUGCUGUCUCUCUCAGGUUUGAAUGAAAGUCUAAGUUCAGAAAAACUGGAACUUUUUACACAGCUUGGAAGCUUAAAUGAAGAGAAGGCAAAUCUAUCUAGUCAAAUCCAUGAUCUAAGUAGUGAAAAAACUGAUUUGACCAGUCAAGUGCAAACGUUGUCUCAGGAAAAACAGACUUUGACUGAGCAAGUUGAAGCUCUUAGAGUGGACAGUGUGGCCAAACAGCAAGAAGACUGGGCUCAGAGAGUGGAGGGUCAGGUAGAGCAAGAACACACCAGGCAGUCUGCUGUAUCACCUGACACAGAGGAAAAAUACGCAACACUUGAAGCUGAACACCAGAAAGUGAAGAGCAAGUUGGAGUCAACAGAAGCUAAAGCACAGAAGAUGCUGGUCAAGCUAAAGGCAUUUAAAGGGAAAAAUGACCAGUUACAGGCCAAAGUGGACCAGCUGACCUCAAAAUUGGAAUCCGUGGGAGAUCAUGGUGAAGACCCUAAUAAAGAUCUGGAAGCUGAAGUUGCCAGGUUGACUUCUGAGGUCAGCAGUCUAUCAGAUAAGCUUGGGGAAGCUGAUCAGGAGAGAAAGAUUCUAAAGGAUGAGUUUGAGUCCGAGAAAACAAAGAAGACUGAGUUGGAAUCAAGCCUGUUAGAAAAGUCUGAACUGGUCCACAGUCUUCAUGAACAGUGUGAUCGGUUAAUGGAGGAACUGUCUUCUGAACGGGAAAACCUGUCAGAAUUACAAGAACAUUUUAAAUCAGAAAGAGAACAAUUAAGUCAAACAAUAGACCAAUUGCAGUCAACCAUGCAGUUACAAAAAUCUGAACUUGGGUCACAGUUACAAACUCUUCUCGAAGAAAAAGAGAAUCUUGAGUCACAUUUGAAGCAGCUUCAAGAACGGGGCACAAUAGAAAAGGGAGAACUGUUGGAGCAAAAUGCAGAGUUGAAAUCCCAGUACAGCUUGCUAGUGACUGAUCACGAGCAGUUGUCAGAUGUUAUAGGCUCUCUACGAGAGUCAAAUGCUGAAUUACAAAAGAAAAAUGAGGAGUAUGAGACCAUUGUGGAAACCCUGCAAAAUUAUAAAACACAAGCUGAAGAAUCUGAGCAAGAGGUUGUUAAUCUGGAGGCCAAAUUGGCUGGAGUUCUGGCUGAGAACACUGAAAUGAAAACUGAAUUGAAGGAUCUGAGAGAAUCACAUUCCAAAUUGCAGGAAAAAGCUGAAUCUCUUCACUCAGAGCUGGAGAACCUUAAAGAUGAAAAUAAGACCUUAAACGAGAGCCUUAGCAUGCAAGAGACUGAAAGAGAAAUUAAUCAGUCAAGUUUGCAGAAUGAACUGGAAAACUCCAAACAGGAAGUCAUCAUGCUUCAACAGGAAUGUAAGAAAUUAAAAGACGCAGCCUUGGGUCAGAUGGAGCUGGAAGAACAGGUGACAAAUCUUCAGACAGAAAAUGUCUCCCUGUCCAGGCAGAACAGUGCCUUCCAGAAACAGCUGUCUGCUCUACAAGACCAAGUGGACAGUCUGAAGACUUCAGGGGAGUCCAGUGAGGAAAUGGCAGAAGAUUUAAAGAAUUUACAGGAGAGAUUAUCUGUGGUGGAAAAAGAAAGGACUGAACUAGAGGAUGAACUUGAAGGAUUAAAAUGGAAAAUUGAAGAAUUCAGCUCUCUUGAGGAAGAACUAGAGGAGACCAGAAACCAGCUGUUUAAACUCCAGUCUGAAAACAGUGCCCUGAAGAAACAGAUCAACACCCUGAAUGACAGAAUCCAGGACUUUGGGAACAUUGAGAGUGAACACACCAGUCUGACAGAGCAACAUGAUAAAGUUCUGGAAGAUAACACGUCAUUGGUCAAACAGAACAGAGAGCUGCAGGAGAAGUUACACGACUUGCAGCAGGCACAGAUGGAGUUCCAGGCAUUGCAGCAAGAGCAAAAACACAUGAAACUAGAGCGAGAAACCCUGCAGCAACAGCAGAGCCACCUGGCGACAGAAAAAGAAACCCUCCAGUCGCAGUUGGACCAGCAGAAUGCGCAGCUGCAGCAGAUGAUGGAGGAGAGAGACACGUCUGCUUCUGAAGCUAAAAAGGCCAAAGAAGAAAAUAACAGAUUGCUGUCUGAGAUGGAGCACCUCAAGUCCCAGCUUGAGAUAGCUGCGGCUGGUAGUGAGGAGCUGUCAGCGUAUCAGGCCCAGUACAGCCAGCUACAGGAGCAGUUGACCAGGCUGAGAGGAGAGAAGGACCAGCUUCACCAGGAGGUAGAGAAGAAAGCGAAAGACCUCAACCAGUCUGCUAUCAAAGCACAGCAGCUGGCUAUGCAGGUGACUCAGCUAUCAGAGGAGAGAGGACACCUGCACUCACAACUGUCCAGUGUUGUACAGGGACUACAGGAAAGAGAACAACAGAUGGUAACAUUACAACAACAUUACCAACAGUUGUAUACACAGCACCAGCAGUUACAGCAGCAGUACCAGCAGAUGGAACAGUUACAGCAGCAAAACCAGCAGUUGCAAGAACAGUGUCAGCAAUUAGAGCAACAAUACCAACAGCUGCAGCAAGAACACCAACAAUUACAACAACAGAGAAUGCAAGAGAAGGCACCAGUGCUGCAGCCGACCCUGGAGGUAGACAGCCACAAGAGGGCGCCAGCUGACCAGACGCUGCUGAGUAUGUCCCAGCUGGAGCCCCAGGGUUCGUCCACACCACAGAAUAUGUCCACGUCUAUCUUCAUGGAGGAGGUGGACUACGCUGAGAUCCACACCAUGGCUAAGAGAGAGAGUGUGGUGGACGGUUCAGGAGUUGUGACUGAGACACUUGAGGACGCAGAGCAUGAGAAGCUGUCCAUGGAGCAGGCCAGAGAGGCUCUCAGCAAGCACCUGCAGGAGGAGAUGGAGAGGAGGAUGGAGCUGGAGGAACAGCUCAGCCAGGCUCAGCAACAGCUGGACCUCCAGCAGGAACAGCUAGGGUACACCAGAGAGUUCACAUUCAGUCAAGACAUGGAACCUGAGGUGGAUGAAUAUGGCAGAAUUCUGGACACCAGGACACCAAAUAUAACGAGAAGAGCUUUGGGGACAUGUAAGAGACUACAGCGCUGGUUUAAUAGACAAAGUGUCUACCUGAGCCGAAGACUGAGGAUGUAUCCUCGCAUGAGGAACAUAGCCCUGUUAUAUGUGAUACUGCUCCAUGCUCUGCUGAUAGCCUGUAUGUUUGGGCUGCUAUGAUGACGUCAAGGGAAUGUUUCUUUACUUAGCCAAUUACUAUGUUUGUAUGUUGAGGUAGUAACAAGAAUUGUGAAUGUAGUCAGUUUAUCAUAUAAAGAUGAUCAGGUAAGCAAGUGGCACAUAUUCAUUACCAAUAUUUUAGUGCAAUAAAUGUAAUAUUUUGAAUAAUUUGCAACAUGAAAGGAAUAUCAUUGUGUCAAGCUGCAUUUUUCUCCAGAGCCAUCAGGUCUUAGUGUUUCCAGACAGGUUGUAAGAUCAUCAUUGUACAUUCUCCUCUGUUGAAUUGGCUACAUUGACAGGUGACAAGCAUUUGUCAAUGUUGCAUUCUGAAAACUACUGUCACAUUUCCCUAAUGUUUCCAUAAUAUUGCUUGUAGAUUUCUUCUUUGUGAAAUGAUAGUAAUUCCUCCAGUAAUUAAGAGAAACACACCUUGUGUUGUUGUUAUCACUGAUUGAUUACACAUCAACAGUAAGAGAGGUGACAAAAAGACAACAUAAUUGAUUUAGACUUUUAAUGGAAAAUGUUUAUUUUAAAGGAAAAAACAAUGUUGUAAGUAGCUAGAUAAUUUUAAUGCUUUCCUUGAUGAAGUAGAGAUCAAGGAUAGUUGCUUCACAUUAAGUUGUGAUAUGUAGAUAUAUUCUUUAGACAUAAACCUUGUGCCUUCAUGUUGGUUAACUUGCAACUUAUCAGUGUCACAUCCUAUUAAACUUAUUCAGUUUUGGCCAUGCUUUAAGGCUUGUUAAAUGGGUCACGGUGAUUAUUUUUCAGUGGAAAAAUGAGACGUGGAUUUUUUAUGUAUUGCGCACAGACAGAUUGGGAAAACAUUCCGUGUCACAAAUAUCAUUUAGGAUGUCAUAUCUCUCAUUGUCUUCCUUGACAUAAAACUAUACAGAAUUAGUAUUCAGUAUUAGGUUUAGCAAAGUUGCAUGGGUUAUUUUUUUCUGUGAAUUUUAAUUCACUGGUUGUGGUAUAUUGGUGCUUUUUUACUAAUUUGUUCAUAACUGUUGAAGUUCAGAGUCUAGAUAUUCAAGUGUUAAGUAAUCUGCGUGUUGAAAAUAGAUAUGUUGGGCAGUGUCAUUAAUAUUUAAAAAUUCAUGUUUCAGCUGGUGAAGAACUUAUCAUGGGAUGUAUAUAUAAUCAGUGCAGCUAUUAUCUUUGUAUAUAAAUGUACAUAAAACAGUGGGUUAGUGCAACUACAUUUUUUCAUUAAAAAUUGUCUGAAAUAAAUUGACAAAUUUAUCUGCAUGCAGUAAUUUCCAGAUUGUAGGAACGCUAGGUUCUAGUUUUAAGGAAGAAUGAUUUUAAAUCAUUAGAUAGGUGCAAUUAAACUAAACUGAAAAACUGAUUCCUUUUCUCCUAGAACAGUGUCAAUCUUGCUCAUUGUUUGGUGCAAAGUUUGCUAUCUACUUAUAUGUCUAUGCCAUCUAAUUGAAUGCUUGGAGAAAACUGGUUCUCUGGCAUUCAAAACUGGUGCUAUGUUCACUAAUACAAGGGUCAGUAUUUAGAUGAAUAACGUGACUUGCAUGGAUUUGAUAAGUAUAAGUCAACUUUUCUGGAUUGUAAAAUUGAAACAAUUUAAUGUUAUUGUUACAAAACUAGAAAGAGAAUUGAAUGAUUUUUAUCUGACCCAAGAAAUACUAAUUAGGUGAGAAAAAAACUAAUUUAAAUAAAAUGUAUUCUUCUUAA